AAAAGGAAAUGACAGGUAAAAGGAGAGAGUUAUCUGAUUCAACUCCACUCCUCGGCUAUCCCCAACCACUACAACAUUACACUCCUUUCUCCUCCUCCCUCCUCGAAAUGGCCGCCACCACCACCACCGUCGACUCCGCCCCUCUCCGCUCCGUCUUCCUCGGCGUCGACGUCGGCACCGGCAGCGCCCGCGCAGGUCUGUUUGAUGAGAACGGGAAGCUUCUAGGUUCUUCUAGUAGCCCAAUUCAGAUUUGGAAAGACGGUGACUGUGUCGAGCAAUCUUCUACAGAUAUAUGGCAUGCAAUUUGUGCGGCAGUGAAAUCUGCAUGCUCCCUUGCAAAUGUUGCAGGAAAAGAAGUGAAGGGUCUGGGAUUUGCAGCCACUUGUUCUCUUGUUGCGGUGGAUGCUGAUGGUUCCCCUGUCACGGUUUCUUGGAGUGGUGAUUCAAGGAGAAAUGUCAUAGUAUGGAUGGACCAUAGAGCUGUAGAACAGGCUGAAAGGAUCAAUUCCUGUAAUUCACCAGUAUUACAAUAUUGUGGUGGAUCCCUUUCCCCUGAGAUGGAGCCACCAAAGCUUCUAUGGGUGAAAGAAAAUUUACAAGAAUCUUGGUCAAUGGUGUUUAGGUGGAUGGACUUGAGUGAUUGGCUGUCAUACAGGGCAACAGGAGAUGACACUCGUAGUCUGUGCACCACGGUGUGCAAAUGGACAUAUCUUGGUCAUGCACACAUGCAGAAAGUCAAUGAAAAAGAUUCCCGAGAUAUGGAAGCUUGUGGAUGGGAUGAUGACUUCUGGGAGGAGAUUGGAUUAGGUGAUCUUGUAGAUGGGCAUCAUGCUAAGAUAGGACGAAGUGUAGCUUUCCCUGGCCAUCCUUUGGGUUCUGGUCUUACUCCAGCUGCCGCGAAGGAACUCGGUCUUGUAUCAGGAAUACCUGUUGGUACUUCACUGAUUGAUGCUCAUGCUGGUGGCGUGGGGGUAAUGGAAAGUGUGCCACAGUUAGAUUCUGAAACUAAAGAGUUUGAUAAUGAAGCUAUAUGCCACCGCAUGGUGUUAGUCUGUGGAACUUCUACUUGCCAUAUGGCCAUAUCAAGGAGCAAGUUGUUCAUUCCAGGGGUCUGGGGACCAUUCUGGUCAGCUAUGGUACCUGAAUAUUGGCUCACAGAAGGUGGCCAGAGUGCCACUGGUGCAUUAUUGGAUCAUGUAGUUGAAAACCAUGUAGCAUCUCCCCACCUUGCGAAUCGUGCUGCUUCUAGAAAUAUAUCUGUGUAUGAACUUCUGAACAAUAUAUUAGAAACAAUGAUGCUUGAUCUGAAGUGUCCAUUUCUUGCUGCUUUGACUGAAGAUACACAUGUCCUACCUGACUAUCAUGGGAACAGGUCUCCUAUUGCAGACCCCAAAUCAAAAGGAAUGGUCUGUGGCUUUACCCUCGACACAAGUGAGAAACAGUUGGCUCUUCUGUACCUGGCUACUGUACAGGGUAUUGCAUAUGGCACACGUCACAUUGUAGAGCAUUGCAAUGCCCAUGGUCACAAUAUUGACACAAUACUUGCAUGUGGCGGCCUUGCAAAGAACCCCCUAUUCAUUCAAGAACAUGCAGAUAUCAUUGGGCUACAGAAAAAAUUGCAGUUAAUUGACCAGCUGAUAAAGAAUUUUAUUUUUGAUUUACAAGUGAAGGAAAGUCAUGAAGAAGGUUGCCCUAUAAUUCUUCCUCGAGAAAAUGAGUCAGUGCUUUUGGGUGCUUCCAUUCUUGGUGCAGUUGCUGCAAAGAAGUUUUCAAGUCUGAAUGAGGCCAUGAGGGCAAUGAAUGCAGCUGGUCAGGUCAUUCAUCCAUCUAAAGACCCAAAGGUGAAGAAGUUCCAUGAUGCCAAAUACCGUAUUUUCCGGGAGCUAUAUGAGCAGCAGCUAUCUCAUCGCUCUAUAAUGGCUCAAGCCUUGGCUUAGUUAAUGUGAUACUUGACCAUGAUGUCAUCUGGAUGCUUUGAUUAACUGAUUGCAUUGUGAUACUUUCUUUUGGAAAGAAAUGGAUGCACAGUUUGAAGGUUAGAUUGUGAAGCUUGCAUAUUCAAAUAGAAGAAAUUCAAUAGGAUCAAUGUAUAGCCUUAAUUUUCAGCAUCACAUUGGAGAAAAAUAUCACAAAGAGAGUGGAAGAUAUAAGUCGAGCAAUGAUCAGGGAAUUAAAAUAUCAUUAAAAAAAUUAUGUAUAUUGGCUCAUGUGGCUUGAAACGUGUCUUUUCAUCUAUGAAUUAAGAUUUUUUUUUUCUUCGAGGAACAUCUAUGAAAAUGAUGACCCCUGCUUAGUUCCAUAAGUGCAUUUUGCCAAUUCAGCUUCCAGUACAAAUCAGUUGGAAUUCCCUGAAAGGUCGUUCAAGGAAUUCAGUCAUUAUAUAAAUCUUAGUUGUAAUCUCAUAUUACCACCAUUUUAGGGUAAUCACAUUACCUAAUCUAA